CAAAUAUCUUCUUCAGUGUUGCUGGAGAGGGUUAUGGCAGAAAUUACAGCGCCAGACGGGAAACUACGAGAACACAACAAAAGAGCAGCAGGAAUAAAAGAGGGGGAGUGUGCAUAUGCGGCGCAUAUGGGACUUAUUUCAAAAAGAAAACGGCACAUUUACACUGCAAGGACCAACAGCCCACUUCACUGAUGAGGUCCAAACCAGCCGUCAGAGAGGAGUGACCUGCCCUCACCAAAGGUGCAAAGCACGCCCGCAGAAGCACAGGUCCAGUCUCCCCUUUUCCCUGCAGGAUCUAGUCCUGUUGUUCACAUUUUCUGCUUGAGUUUGUCCCCGGGAUCAUUCAAAACUGUUUCUCCAACGCUUCUACCAAAAACUUAGACUGUUUUCCAAAGCAGAAUCGGCCCAGCCCUCCCAGAUGGAAGUGAUGGGGAGUGUGCGAAGCCACCGCUACAGCAUUGUGUCCUCUGAGGAAGACGGCAUGAAGCUGGCCACCAUUGCCGUCCCAAACGGCUAUGGAAACGGCAAUGUCAACAAGGUGCACACAGAGCACCAACAUCAGAGCCGCUUCGUCAGGAAGGAUGGUCACUGCAAUGUGCAGUUUAUCAAUAUGAGUGAGAAAGGCCAGCGGUACCUGGCAGAUAUCUUCACCACCUGUGUGGACAUUCGCUGGCGCUGGAUGCUGCUCAUAUUCUGCCUUUCUUUCCUGCUGUCGUGGCUGUUUUUUGGCUUUGUCUUCUGGGUAGUCGCCCUCUCUUACGGGGACUUAGAGAAUGAGACUCAGAUUUGUGUUUCCAAUGUGGACAGCUUCACGGCCGCCUUCUUGUUCUCAGUGGAGACCCAAACCACAAUUGGCUAUGGUUAUCGCUAUGUGACAGAGGAGUGCCCCGUUGCCGUUUUCAUGGUCGUCUUCCAGAGCAUUUUGGGCUGCAUCAUUGAUGCUUUCAUCAUUGGUGCUGUCAUGGCCAAGAUGGCCAAGCCCAAAAAGAGGAAUGAGACCCUUGUGUUCAGCCACUAUGCUACAGUGGCUAUGAGGGAUGGUAAACUGUGCCUGAUGUGGCGCGUGGGGAACCUGAGGAAGAGUCACCUGGUGGAGGCUCACGUCAGGGCUCAGCUCCUUAAGUCCCGCACCACGGCUGAGGGAGAGUUCAUCCCUCUGGAUCAGGUCGACAUCGACGUGGGCUUCGAUAGUGGCAUCGACAGAAUCUUCCUGGUGUCUCCAAUUACCAUUGUGCAUGAGAUCGACGAGGACAGCCCAUUCUACGAGAUGAGCAAACAGGAGUUGGAGACGGCAGAGUUUGAGAUCGUAGUGAUUCUGGAGGGCAUGGUCGAGGCUACUGCCAUGACCACGCAGUGUCGGAGCUCGUAUGUGGCCAGCGAGAUUCUGUGGGGCCACCGCUUUGAGCCGGUGCUCUUUGAGGAAAAGAACUUCUACAAGGUGGACUACUCUCGCUUUGACAACACCUACGAGGUGCCCAGCACGCCCCACUGUAGUGCCCGGGAACUCACUGAGAGGAAGUCCAACGCCUCCAGCUCGAGGAACUCCUUUUGUUACGAGAACGAGGUGGCUCUCGAAAAAGUCGAGAUGGAGGAGGAGUUUGACGAGGAGGAUGAUAACAGGCAGAUGAGUGGUGUUGAGGUUGGUGCACUUGAGGACACAAACACAGAUGUGGUGUCAGACUCUGAAUGCAAUCUGGACUCUUUGCCUUUAGAAUCAAGACCUCUGACUGCUGAAUCAGAAAUAUGACUGUGGGGAUAAAGAAGGGUUAAACACUUACCACAGGGUAUGUUAAAGUUAGCUUGAACUGUGGUCCUGAUCGCUGUUGUCAAUAAUGCAUGACAAUUUGAAAAGACUGUGAUUUGAGUAUGAAAUUCUCUAUGCAGAAGCUCAUACUCAAGAAACCAAGGAAAUAUAAACAUUGUUUAUGGUGAAAGCGGUAGUAAAUUAACUGGUUGCAUGAAGCUAAAAUGGGUUAGAAGCCUUCACUUACACACUGUGCAGUCUGUUUCUGUGCAUACUACCCUUAUUAAACUAAAUAUGUUAGUAGAAUAGCCAAUUGGGUUGACUACAUUUCUUAAUUUAUUCAAGUGUAUAUUUCCAGUUUGCACAUUUUGCAUUGAGCAUCCUGCGUGUAAUAGGUUUUCUUUUUGCGGCCUAAACGUCACAUGAGGUUUUGACUGGCUAACAUAAUUGAAUAUAUUUAAAAAAAGUUCACUUAAACCAGAUGUCUUGUGAUUUGAUAUUUAAAUGCCAACCAAAACGUUUGCAUUUUUAAUCAUUUGAAGUUCCACAAUCUUGACUUAAAGGAUAUUGUCAUUUUUGAGGAGUUAAACCACCUGCACAAAAAAAAAAGAAAAAAGGCUGCUGUUUGUUAACGAGCUGGUCUCUUAGCAAAGUGUAUGUCUAGUCUUCUUCAGUGUGAUGGUCUUGGCGCAAGGUAGGAAGGCGAUGUCUUGCACAGAUUACGAGCACAAGUACACUAUGCUCCUCAACCUAUCAUCUUGUCUAAGUAUAGCAUCUUUUGCAACGUGUGCCUUAACAAAAGUCUCAGUCCCGGAGGAGGCACUCUGGAGGUUUCGGCCUCGACUGAGCACACACUGCAUAAGAUGUCACAGGAAGAAGCAUUCGCGGGUGAUUCGCUGCGCAGUAUACUGCCACUUCUUGCAGGUCUUCAUGUUCUAAUGUGCAAUACAGUUCAGUGGUAGAAUGCGACAGGAAGCUCGAGGUUAUGAAUGUUGAUGAUACGUGCUGCUAAGUUACAUAUUGUAUGUUUAGAGAGAAAUCUAGGAGCCAAAAUGUAUUAUUUGUCUUUUAAAGUAUCCAUUUUGAAGAUUGCAGAUACAGCCUAUAAUGUUAUUUUUAGAUGUAGACAAGCAUGAUUUUGUCAGUGUGUUUUCCAAAGCUUUAGAGCACUUUGUUCCUCACCAGAGAAUCCUCCCCCCAUAACAGCAGAAACUGCUUAUUCUCCAAAGCCAAAUGUGUACAUAUAUAUAAGAGACAACUGUAACUCAUCUGUUAGUUGACAUUGAUUUGAAACCUGAACUUUUCCUCAUCUAACAGUGAUUGGCUGUUGAAACAAUGAUUUAUUUGAGUUGAUUUUGACGUAGUCUCCUCUCUAUAUUAACAUCAGUGUUCUUGGCAUGGCAGUUGUGCAGAAUUUGGACACAUCUUAGUAAACCCUCUCCCUUCACCGCUGCGGGUCUUGUGAAGUUACUUGUCAUUUCUGAAUGGGCCCUUGCUUCGUCUUAUUAAAGACCAGAUCACUUGAUCGAUCCUUCAGUUACAAUCACAAAUCCUGAAUGGGGAUAGCACACUUGACAUCAGUCUUACACAAAGAUUGAGCUUUGAUAUUUUAUUUUUUUUAACUGUUACUCUAGGUGUAAUUGCGACACAUUCAUGCUUGGAUAGCGUCAGUGGAAGCCAGAACACUGUACUGCUUCUCUGGUAAGGAAAUCUAUUAAAACAUCUUAUCUGUUCUCACAUUGACACGUCUCCUGUCUUAGGUCUUUAUUUUUCUACCAGGGUCUUCCCACCUUCCUGCACAAACUAGAGACUGUACAGAUUUUUUUAUCUUUUGUAAAUUAUAAUGCAAAUACUGUAUAUUGAUAUUGCAGUUGUUGAAAACUGUUUAUGUUCUUUUUUCAAUAAAAACUUGACAAAAUCA